AUGCAGACGUUCAUUACAUGCACUAGCAGAGCCCGGAUUGGGCUCUCCGUGAAGUCCCGUUCUCUAACCACCGUUCGAUCACAUUGUAUCCGGAAUUUGAGUAUUUCGACGGCACGUCAAAGCCCAAGUGGCCUACCCAGCACCGCUGGAGCCCUUCAUGGGAUCAAAGUCCUGGAUCUGACUCGAGCUCUUGCUGGGCCUUUCUGCACACAAAUUCUAGCAGAUUAUGGAGCCGACGUCAUCAAAGUGGAACAGCCUAGGACUGGUGACGAUUCUCGGCACUGGAAAGGCCCUGCCGAGGAAGAGAAGUGGAAAACAUCAGAACCCAUGUCUUUUUACUUCGCUAGUACCAACCGUAAUAAGCGAUCUAUCACAAUUGAUCUGAAGAAGGAAAAGGGACGAGAAAUUAUCCUUGACUUGGCGAAGGAAUGCGACGUCAUGGUUAACAAUUUUAUUCCGGGAAAAGUGGAGCAGCUUGGAAUUGGAUAUGAUGUAAUUUCGAAAGUCAAUCCCAGAAUCAUAUAUGGCAGCAUAUCAGGCUACGGAGCGAGUGGUCCCUAUGCCAAACGUGCCGGGUAUGAUCUUAUUGCCGCAGCGGAAGCUGGGUUGUUGCAUAUCACGGGUGAGCCUGACGGACCGCCCACCAAGCCAGGAAUAUCCAUAGUGGACCUCUGUACAGGUCUGUAUAUGCAUGGUGCACUUCUAGCCGCUCUCGAGGCACGGAACCGAACUGGAAAAGGUCAAAAGAUAGAUGGUUCAUUGUUCGAGACUCAGAUCGGAUUGCUUGCCAAUGUCGCUGCAACCUUUCUGAACACGGGACAAGAAGCCCGACGAUGGGGAACGGGACAUCCGACUAUUGCUCCCUAUUCUUCUUUUCCAACUCAGGACUCUUACAUUGUUCUGGGAGCCGUCAAUGACCGUCAAUUCAAGGCGCUGGCAGGACAUCUAGAUCUACCGGAAAUUGUGGAUGACCCUCGAUUUAUGGACAACACUAGUCGGGUUCAACACCGCACGGAGCUUAAACAGAUUCUUGACAAAGAGUUCCAGCGAAAGACAACAUCGGAGUGGAUUGAUACGUUCACAGGCUCUGGAAUGCCAUAUGCGCCCAUUAACAAUAUUCAGAAAGCAUUAGCUCACCCGCAGAUUGAGAAUCGUGAACUUAUUGAGACGAUCCCCUCUGACAAGACAGUGAACGGAAAUAUCAGGGUAACCGGAAUUCCAGUGAAAUUCAGCGACACGAAGGCCUCUGUUCGCCAUGGCCCACCUUUAUUAGGAGAGCAUACCCGCGAGAUCCUCCAGCAAAUCAACCGUUCACCGGAAAUGAUCAAUAUUCUUCAGGGAGAGGGAGUUGUGUAA